AUGGCUAAGCGCCAGCGUACGUCCGAGAUGGACCUUCGCGAGAAGACCUACUUUGAACAGCAGCGCGAAGCACUCAUAAGCGAUAUCGCAAUGAGCUUCGAACACGUCCUCGCAAACAUCAAUAAGCUAAACCGUUCCCUCGAGUCCGUCAUAGAAGUCGGCAAUGAAUUCUCCUCCGUAGAAGCGCUAUGGUCGCAAUUCGAAAAUGUCAUGGCAAAGGAUGAGUCGAAACAACAAGGCGACAAAGCAGAACAGGAAGAACAAGGCGAACAAAAUGAAUGA